UCUCGCAAACCAAGACAGGUACCGAAAACUCGGGCUUCAUCUUUUCACGAGAAGCUCGCGAGCGAGAAACGAAGAAAAAUCGAGAGAUUCCAUUCAAGUGAGUCCGUGCAGUGGUUCGAAGAAACCGACGCAUCGUCCAACGGGGAAGAGAAAGUAAACGAAGCAUCGCUUUCUUUCUUUUCUUUGGAAGAUCCUCCAUUACGGUACAUUUGUGAGAUGGAAUUUUGGUUAAGAUAUGGUGGCAGUGGUGGUGGUGUCUCUCUUUUGCAGGGAAAGCGUGGGGUAAUGGUGGAUCCCAGGACUCGAACGCCACACCCGCCCUGGACGAUAGCGUAGUAUCACUGGCUAGGAAGCUAAGAGUGGGGCUCUCAGUUCGUAGGAUCGAUCUCUUUUCUUUUUCACCUCCUCGUUCUUUCAUUUUCUAGCGCGACGAGGAAGAACGGCAAUGAGGAAGCACCAGUUUGCGAGCGCUCCCAGCAGCUACUGCAGCAAUUUGGUGGUGAUGCUCUUCGCGCUGAUCGUGGCCUUCACGCUCGGAUUUCUAGCGUCUCCAAUUGUGAGAACUUCUCCUAGCUCGCCUCCUCCUCUCCAAUCUUCAUCAUUCCCUUCCUCGUCGCCCUCUUCGUCUUCUUCCUCCUCCGCUGCAUUGACCGCGUGCUCGUCUUCAUCGCCGUCGAUCCAAGAGAAGAAGGAAGCGAAUCUGGGCGACAACGUGGCGAAUAUCCAGCCCCAAUCCGACGAUGGAUUCGUGAGCCACGUCAGAUCGCUGCCGGACGACCUCCUCCGCUUCCACUACGACUGCCAAGCGGCGCCGUCGCGGGGCCGAGACGCCGCCUCCGCUCGAGCGGCCGUCAUUGACGAGGUGUUUGACGGCACGUCGCCCUUCACGGCCUUCCCGCCCCCCCACAUUGCCCGCCUCCUCAAGCCCCACAAGAUCAAAGGCUGGGGCUCAGAUCACCCCGUGUUUGCGCGCCUCGUCCAGGAAAUCCGCCCCAAAAUCGUGGUGGAGCUCGGAUCCUUCCUGGGCGCGUCGGCGAUCCACCUCGCCAAGCUCAUCCGCGAGCAGCAGCAAGGCGGCAGUGAUUUCGUGAUCUUCUGCCUGGAUGAUUUCCGGGGCUGGCCAGGGUUUCGCAAGGUCUUCACGGACAUCCGGCAGGAGCACGGCAAUGUCAUGCUCUUCAACCAAUUCUUGCAAAAUGUGGCCUUCUCCAACGCCAGCGACAACAUUGUGCCGGUGCCAUUCUCCACCAACACGGGGCUCUACAAGCUGUGCGAGCUGGGCAUCUCGGCGGAUCUGAUUGAGGUGGAUGCCGGGCACGAUUUCCACUCGGCGUGGACGGACAUCAAUCUCGCGUGGUCGCUCAUGCGGCCCGACGGCAAAUCCAUCAUGUUUGGGCACGAUUACUUUAAUGGAGCUGACUACCACGGCGUGCGCAGGGCGGUGGAUCUCUUUGGGCGUCUCAAGGGGCUGCGGGUGGAGCCGGAUGGGCAGCACUGGAUCUACAGGAAGUUUGAUGGGAAGAAGCCCAAGGGGAAGAAGAAGAGGGGAAAGGAGGAAUUGCCCCUUUGAAAAGUAGCAAUAUACUUGCUUGUUUUUCAAAGUAAAACUAUUAGAUUAAAAUAAUUAUAUCUUAUAAACAUACUUACACUUUAUCAUAAAUAUUUAUUUUAUCUAACUUUGAUUA